AUGAAAACUACCGUUAUCUUCAGCUUAGCCAUUGUGUCUAUCACACAAUUAGCUUCUGCGGCUGAAUGUGGAAAUAAAUGGAUGGGCGUCCCUGAUAGCACUACCCUUCAGCGAUUCUGGAAUGCCCGCAGUGCGACGUGCAACUGCAUUGCGACGCAACCAGGAAACUACUGCGGAAACCUGAAUAAUCAGUUCCUCGCUUUUGCUAUCUGGGGUACACGUCCGACUACCCAGAUUUGCUGGGAUGGGUUUGAGAAUAUUAUCAAUCAGUGUAUCAAGCAAGGCUGGAAUUCUGGCCUUUAUCAGUACUCAGGAUCUAAUCUCCAAAUUACCCGAUGGAAGUAA